UUGAUGGAUGAAUCAAGUGAUUUGUAUCUUCUGGUUUUAGAUCUUUGUCAUGAUCGUGUUGAUCCAUGAGUUUGACUAGUUUUGAACAUAUGUGAUGAUGAUCAGUGAUUUGAUUUAUCUUUAGAUCUCAAAUCUAGAGUUUGUUAAGAAUGGCGAUGGUAUCAGGAAGACGAUCUACUCUAAACCCCGACGCACCUCUAUUUAUUCCAGCAGCUGUGAGACAAGUGGAAGAUUUCUCACCGGAGUGGUGGCAAUUGGUGACGACUUCGACUUGGUACCAUGACUACUGGAUCAGCCAGCACCAAGGUGCAGAUGGUUUCUAUGACAACGGAGAGAAUGAGAAUGGUGGAGGUCAUCAGGUCGAUGUAGCUGAUCUUCUCCCAGAAUCAUUUGAUUUCGAUGACAUGGAAGAUUUCUUUGACAAUGAUGCUUCUGCUGAGUUUGAUCAAGGUUUCGAUGGACAAAUGUAUUACCAAGCACAACCUUCUGAAUUUGGGUUGGGAAAGAAUGGUGAGAUGAUUAGGAAAUCAACUGGAAACAGGAGUCCUAGAUCGUAUGUAGAGCCGGCUAAGUAUGCGGAGAAGCCAGCGAAAUGGGGAAACCAGAGGGUUGCUGCUGCUCCCAGAAACAUCCACCAGCCUCGCUGAAUAAGAGAGAGGGUUUUGGUUUGUUGUUAAAACUAGUCAGAGCAGUUUGGGUCUGUAUCUUAUCUUAGCCACCACCAAUGUACCUUCGUAAUUUUCUGUAACUUUGUACCUUUAUGAUGUUCAUUCCCAACUUGUUGUUAUCACAAAAAUGUAAAAACAUAAAAAAAAAAACAAAUGUAAACUUUCAAGAGAUAUGAGAACUAGAGUUCAUUUCCA